CGCGUCUCCGGGCAGGAGCGCGCGAGGCAUGUCCAAGGACCAUGCCAAGGCGUGGAGGGAGCGUAUGGCGUCGAGGAGCUCGGCUGUUCUCGCGGCGGCGGACAGAACGGUCGUGGUGGGAGCGAGCGGCGGACGUGCGUCGUCGUCGCUGACCGUCGCGACCUCAGCCUCGGGAUCCGCGGGGAUGACCGGAGACGGCGCAUCGCGACCGAACGACGCGAAUGAGGGGUUCGAGACGCCUUUUCCAGACGCGCCGCGUGCUUCGAGCGGCGACGACGCCGACGAUGCGGAGGACUCCGACGCGCCAAAGGGAAGGGAGAUGUGCUGGCGGUGCAGGAGGGUCCAGAGGCUGUGCGUGUGCGGCGUCGUUCGCUCCAUCGUCGGGGACUCGCCGAUCGACAACAAACUAGGCAUCACCGUGCUGCAAGACAGGAUAGAGGCGCUGAAGAGGCCCUUCGGCAGCGCCAUCGUCGCCGAAUUGGCGCUCGAGGACUGCACCAGCGUUUGGUUCGACACCUCGGUGCCCGAGGUGGUCCCGAGGCCUAAACACCUUCCGAACAAAGACGUCGGCGUGCUGUGGCCCGCACCCGACGCCGCGACGCUGCGCCGUGCGACGUCGAACGAAGAAGGAGCCGACGUCCCCGGGGACGGCGAGCGGUCAUCGGACGCCGGCGGAGCUCCUCCCAAGCACCUGGUGGUCAUCGACACCACGUGGCACCGAGCCAAGCGGAUGUACAACAGGAUCCCGUGGGUCCGGGAGCUGCCGGCGUACGUGCUCGGGGAGAACACGUCCAGGGUGCAGUACGGAGAGUCCGUGCUGAACGACGGACCCGCGGCCGGGGAGGAUUCCAAAGGGGAUUCCAAAGGGGAGGAUCGCGACGAAAACGCCGGGAACGAUUCCCAUCUCUCCUCCGGCAACCAACGGCGGGAGAGCGCGUAUCGCAUUCGAAAGCAGCCGCGGCCGGGCUUCCUGUCCACGGCGGAGUGCAUCGCGGCGGCGCUGCGUGAGGCUGAGCCCGCGGGCGACGACGACGGGUUCGAGUCGCCGGGUGCGGCGGGUGAGAGGGCGGCUCGCGCGGUGGAGGCGUGUUUCGACGAGAUGAUCGAGCGACAGAUCAAAUCGUUCUCCGACCCCGGGGUGAAGAGCGUCCGUUACAGGUCCAGGAAGAGGGAGAGGGCCGCGAAGGAGGCUGCGCGGAGGGCGAAUGUUGAGGGGGAAGCGAAGGCUCGCGAGGGGUUAGAGACGCUCGUCGUGGCGGAGCGAUGAGCACCCGCCGUAUCUUUCGUUAAUGAGCGCAUCAUUUUUC